AUGGGUCUAAGCCAAACCGCAACCGUUCUCGUCGCGGUGUUCGCGUUUUGUCUAGUUGCAAUCACGGCCCAGCUCGCCUACGUGUUGUGGUGGAAACGUCGGUUUCAUCGUCGGAGUGUCGCCGGAUCAGAACUCGACGCGUUUUCCUCCCGCCGAGGAGAUCCGACGUUGACACCACCGCCAUCGAAAGAGCUUCUUUACUUCUUCCUCUUCUGUCUCGAAAACAAACAGUUCCGAAUAGGAUCCGCCACCGCUCCGCCUCUCCCUGCAGCCACACCGCCGAUCGAUGACGUGGCAUCUAAAUGGUCAAUCAGAGGAGAAAAUCUACUUUGUGGCCCAUCGGAGACUCUGUUUACCAUCGCCGAAGACUGUAGUAGCGAGACCGAUCAUAGGACGGCUGAGAUUGAGCCACGUGGAAGCGUAUCUACAGAGGAUCAUGCCGAAGAUGACGAACUGGAAAAUGGGUUUGUCGUGCCGGAUCGAAAUGACGACGAGGUUUACUCUAGUGACUAUGAUCACGACGAUCGAAUGACGCCUUUUUCAACUCCGUGUGCUUCACCACCGUUUUACACGCCGUCUCCUUCUCCGAUUCGUGAUGAUCUCUCUAAGACGCUAGGUGAGGAGAGUUUACACGGCUGA